AUGAUCGAAGUAUCCCUGCGGCUCUCUUCUUCGCCCACUCCUUCUCCCACACACCCAGAUCCACUGGCAGAGGUGGUGCGACAGGCUGACAGCAAGUGCAUCAUGGUGGAUGUAACCAAAUGGUCACUUUUCAGCAUGAUCGGGCCUCAAGAGCUCUCCAAGAUACAGAAGGCAUUAGUGUUUGGAUCAUCUGCUAAUGAGGCUAUUUACAUAACCAAAGAUGACGAGUUACCUCCUUUUGCCACUUAUUCUCAGGUGUAUGCUUUUGGGCUGAACUGCAAUAACUGCCUGGGUACAGGAAACACACAGAGCACCAUCGUACCCAAGAAACUGCACUUCCUGAGUGGGAAGAAGGUGGUCAGCCUGAGCUACGGCAGUGGACCCCACAUCCUGCUGGCCACAGAGGAUGGAGAGCUGUUUUCUUGGGGACAUAAUGGCUACAGCCAACUGGGAAACAGGACAACAAAGCAAACAGCAGCUCCAUUUCUGGUGACUGCCUAUAUGCUCAAUAAGAAGGUCACAGAGGUGGCCUGUGGGUCUCAUCACUCAAUGGCUCUGACCGAAUCGGGAGAGGUGUAUGCAUGGGGCUACAACAACUGUGGUCAGGUGGGCUCAGGCUCCACAGCGAACCAGUACACCCCUCGCAGAGUGUCCAGCUGCCUGCAGAACAAGGUGGCUGUCAGUAUCGUCUGUGGUCAGACCUCAUCACUGGCAGUCGUCGACAACGGAGAGGUGUACGGUUGGGGCUAUAAUGGGAAGGGACAACUUGGACUUGGAAAUAAUGAGAACCAGCACACUCCCUGUCGACUUGCGGCUUUGCAGGGUUUAUGUGUGAAACAGAUUGUCUCAGGCUAUGCUCACUCCAUGGCCCUGACCAGUGAAGGCUUGCUCUACACAUGGGGUUGUAACACUUAUGGACAACUGGGCACCGGCAACAAGAGCAACCACCUGAGUCCAGUUGAAGUUGUGACUAAGAAAGAGAGAGUUGUAGAGAUCGCCGCCUGUCACUCCACACACAUGUCGGCUGCUAAGACCCAGAGUGGUCAGGUGUACAUGUGGGGCCAGUGUUGGGGCCAGUCUGUUAUGCUGCCUCACCUCACGCACUUCACCUGUACUGACGAUGUCUUUGCAUGCUUCGCCACCCCCUCCGUUAUGUGGCGCCUUCUUUCCAUGGAGCAUGACGACUUCUUGACUGUGGCUCAGUGUCUGAAAAAAGAGUUUGACAACCCAGAGACGGCUGACGUCAAGUUCUGCAUCGAUGGCAAAUAUAUCUACGUUCACAAGACAGUUCUCAAAAUGAGGUGUGAACACUUCAGAUCCAUGUUUCAGUCUCACUGGAAUGAAGACAUGAAGGAGGUGAUUGAAAUCGACCAGUUCUCCUUCCCGGUCUACCGCUCCUUCCUGGAGUUCCUCUACACCGACGAUGUGGAGUUACCACCCGAAGAUGCCAUUGGGCUGCUGGAUCUGGCUACGUCAUACUGUGAGAAACACCUGAAAAAACGUUGUCAACAAAUAAUCAAGAGAGGAAUCACCAUUGAAAAUGCAUUCUCCCUGCUGUCAGCUGCUGUGUGCUAUGACGCUAAGGACCUGGAAGAGUUCUGCUUUAGGUUCUGCGUUAAACAUCUGGCCGAGGUGACCCAGACUGAUGCUUUUUGGCAGGUCGAUGGCGACGUGCUUAAAAGUUUUAUACGUCGGGCCAGCACUUCAAUAGGGCUGCUACGGUGUUGCCACCAUCCACAGUGCAGACAAAAUAAGGCAACCUCUCUUUAACAUGAAUAAUGAAAAUAAUGAUUUGAAAUGGAUUACUCACAGUGUAUGGUGUGUACUGUAGUGUUAGGUCCCAGCAUGCCAAGUAGGACCCUUGUUGUGGAUUGCACAUUGGAUAAUAAACAUGGCCGGUUGC